AUGGCAUUUGUUUUCAAUCUUCUCUGUUUGUUAAACUGCGAAAAAUCAUACAAUCAAACUGCAGUUGAAGUUGAUGUUGGAUACUCAUGUGAAGGAAAAUUUCUUUUUCGAAUAAAAGCGAAAACUUUUCACAUUUUUACGAGUUUAAUUCCACAAGAUUCUCAUUGCAUUACAAAUCUCAUUGCCAAUGGCGAUAUUGAAAAACAUUUUCAACUAAUCAAACCCACAAAACAAUAG